AUGAUGAUUAGUUGUGAUCAGAGCCACGAGUCAGAUACCCCUUCAUCUUUGCCACUUCAUAUAUCCUUGGAUUCUGUAAAGAAUAGUGGAUUAUGGAAGACUCACUCGAACUUAGAAGAUGAAGGAGCUGAAAAUGAGCCGACUGAAUCAAGUACCGGUAGCUUUAAUGGGAGCGAGAGGCUGACACCCCAGACGCCCAGCAAUGAAGAAAAAUCAGACACAUUCACCAUCCCCCGUUCGAAUAGCGGCAACAACAUUAAGCGAAUACGAGAGCAGAGACAAAGACGAAGGGCAAGCGUUGGAGGGGAAGUGGAUGGAGCGUUGAACCAUGGGCCAAGGGAUGUAUUGCCUGAAAAGCAACCAGACCCAUUACCGCUGAGUGGUUCAAGUAUCCAGCGAAUUCGAGCGUACAGAAAUCAAAGAACUGCGAGUAUUGGGGAAGGACUUGAUGGUUCAUCGAGUCACAGCAAAGGGCCUGCUAUUACUUGGCGGAGACAACACACGAAACGUCUGCAUAGUCUUGCUGAAAACAACGAAAUGGAGGAAAACCCAUUGCUUUCACCUACACAUAACCGAAUCCAUAUCACUCGAAAGUACAGCAGCGGAACCUCCACAAGGACCUUGACACGAGGCAGCAGCGGAACCUCCACAAGGACCUUGACACGAGGUAGCAGUGGCGGCUCCUCCUCAAGAACGUUGACACGAGGUAGCAGCGGUACUUCCUCGAGAGGAUUGGAAAGAGAUAGCAACGGUUCCAAACGAUCACUGAUGCAAAACCGUCAAACUCAGUCUAUGCGGUCGCUCAAUUGGACGCGAAAUUGUGGUACUGCGUCGCGAUCUUCGCGCAACCUUACUCGCAACACAAGUGGCGGGACAGCAGCACGAAUUAGGGAUCAACGAAGUCUGUCCCAGAGUGAACAUGGGGGAGGGAAUCGUUCGCGAACUCCUACUCGUAAUGCAAGUGGCGGAACAGCAGCACGAAUUAGGGAUCAACGAAGUCUGUCCCAGAGUGAACAUGGGGGAGGGAAUCGUUCGCGAACUCCUACUCGUAAUGUAAGUGGUGGGACAGCAGCACAAAUUAGGGAGCAACGAAGUCUGUCAAAAAGUGAACAUGGGAGAGGUAGACGACGCAUGCCAGUUGGAUUGAGCGAACACUUGAAAGCGGAUGACAGGAGUGCUAGCGGGAUAAGCACCUCAUCUUCGAUAUCGGGAGCGAGUAUCGAUAACCUACCGGCGAAUUCGAAUGUGAAAGGCACGACCUUGGAACUACUGGCCUUGAUUAAGAAGCGACGCCGAGCCAGGGCUAAACCUGGGGAUGGGACUUCCAGUGAACGACUCUCGUUGUCUCCCAUCCCAGCCAGAAGGGCAAAACCAGGGCGACGUCGUUCUUCCUCCUUUUCUCCCAAUGAAGCGAGAAAGCGAUUGGAUGAGAAGAAGAUCGACGAGACGACCUCACGAGAGCCAUUUUCUCCCGGUUCAGUGGGGAACCGCAAGCAAUUGGGUAAGUCAUUCCGAGCGCCGUUUUCGCCCGAUUCAGCGGCACGUCGCAAACGAUUGGAGAACCUGGGGGAGAAGAUAUCUCAAGGACCAUUUUCGCCCGGCUCAGUGGGGAGCCGCAAGCGAUUGGGAAAGCCCGAAGAGAAGGCAUCACGAUCGCCCUUUUCUCCCAAUUCAGCUGCCCGUCGCAAAAGACUGUCGAACCUGGAAGAGAAGAUAGCACAAGUGCCCUUUUCCCCCAGUUCCGUGGGGCGCCGCAAACGAUUCGGAACGAAGAAGCUCGGUUCAGUUCGAACAAUGCCGUUGCCCGUCGAAAACCAAGCAUCGCUAGCAGAAGGUGCAGAUCUGUUGCAUCAUUCCUCUCAUUCGAUCCCCGAGAAAGCAGCCAGUCGGCGAGUACCACUGCCAUCUAGCAGUCAUGAUAGCCUCGGUAGCCAUGGGACUUUAGAUACCAACGAAUCUGGCCUGGCAAGUUUCAAUUCAUUCCAAGAUGACGAAGGAGACGCUCUUUCAGACCUCGAGAGCGACGAAGAAAGUUAUGAGUCUCCAAAGGGCGUCAUGGGAUUUCCUCAUUCCUCACAGGACAAGACUACAACCCAGGAAAUUGAUUCUGUUCACCAAGAGAAAUUGAAGCAAAUGCGUGCUGAAAUGGAAGCCUUGCAGAAGCAACUUGGAAAAAUGGAGGAAGACAAGGCCAGCGCUAUCCAAGUUCUAAGGGAUGACGUGGACACUCGCAAAGCGAAAAUGAUGCAAAAUGCCAAGAAGAAGAUUCAUUCGCAUCUCGAGUCCGAGAUGGAGUUGAAGAUUUACACCAUGGAAGUGGAACAUUCGCGUCUCGAAAAGAUGAAGGAGGUAAUGGAAAAGGGCAAGGGCGAAUUGAGAGAAAAGAUUGCCCAGGUGCAAUGUGAUACUCGAGAAUUGAUGCAAGAAAACAAACGUUUGGAUGCCGAAAACAAGGAAAUCCACCGCAUGUACACCCAUUUGUCCAAGUGGAUUGUGAAAAAGAAGGAACAAAACAAGAAAUUGGAAAUGGCCGAGGAGAAGCUGAAGAAAAUUUACAGUGGCUCCCUCGCCCUUAUCGUUGAAGAGAAACUGUCCAAUCUUUUCCGUCGAUGCAUUUACAGAGUUGCGCAAGGUGUCAAUUCGUGCGAAGGCUUUGACUUUGAACUGAAUGAGGAUGUUUGGGACAUGAUCAAGGAAGUUGAAGCCGAGUGCGACAAGGAAGUCAUUGACCUGCACGAUGUGGACGAAUGGGAAGAUGACCUUGCUGAAAAUGAAACGCCCCUAGUCGGAAUGCGAAUCUCGGCCGGUCUCGAUGAUGAUGACGAUAAGGACCUCACAAUGUCAAUCCGUACCAGAAGUACAAUCGGCAGUUUCGACUUAUCAAAGCGAAGCAGAAAAGAUAGUUUCUAUCGAGACGACGACGACAGCAUCUCGGAGGAAGAAGACGACUACAGCGAAAGCGAAAGGGAAGCUGAUGAAGAAUUUGAAGAGGACCUGGAACGGCUCAAUGACAGUGUUGCCUUCUACGAAAAUGUUCUAGCAGAAGUAUCUGUGAAUCUGGAUGCCACUCAGAUGAACACUCUUCACGAGAACAAGGAUAUGCUGGUCAGCAUCUUCAAGUUCAUGGAUGCUGAUGGGAGUGGGGAUAUUGAUUUGGAAGAGUUCAAAGUGGGGAUCGAGCUUUUGAACAAACGUCUACCCGAAUCGUCUCGUUUCCAGGAUGCUGAAGAAUUAUUCAAGCUUUUGGAUGUUGACAACAGCGGCAGCAUCGAUCUUGAGGAGUUCGAGAGAGUCUUUGAUGAUGAUUAA